GGCCCAGCGCCAGGCGCUCAUCCCUUACUGCAAGCAGCACACAGUGCUGGAAAAUGCAGCGCGUGCUCGUGUGACAUUUCCAAGACUGGAAGUGUGCCAUGGGACCCCGUCCUGAGCGCAGGGCGCAGCUCCGGUUACCGGCCGUCAGGAGAUGCUGGGGCUGAGCCACCUGGCAGGCUUUCAGGCAUCUGAAAGACUUUCUGGGAAACACACUUUCCUGAGAAAAACCGCAGGUGGGAGCGGUUUCCUCGGCACAGAAGGGCAGGGCUGACCGCUGCCAGCCCACCUUCCUGCAGCCGGGCUAACAGGGGCACGGCGGAGCAGCGCGCACCGAGCGGGCAGUUCAACGCAACUCCCCAGAAACGGACAACCCUCAGUAUUCUGCUCCUUAGAAACGAAUUGGACAGCUGGGCUCAGAAGAGGAGCGAUGGAGGACGCGGGGCGGGCAUUAGCGCAGCCCUGCCCACAGCCCUGCCCGUCGCGGGGCCGGGGCGCUCGGUGGGGCGGAGCGGAGGGGAGCGGGCGCGGUUCUCCCGGAGGCUGCUGCUGUGCCGGUAGGGGUGCCUGAGCCGCCCCGACGGCUGCCUCUAACUUUCCCGGAGAAGGAUGGCCUCCAAUUUCAACGACAUCGUGAAGCAGGGCUACGUGCGCAUCCGGAGCAGGCGGCUGGGGAUUUACCAGAGAUGCUGGUUAGUAUUCAAAAAAGCUUCAAGCAAAGGGCCAAAGAGGCUGGAGAAAUUCUCAGAUGAACGAGCUGCUUACUUCAGAUGCUAUCACAAGGUCACAGAGCUCAAUAAUGUGAAGAAUAUAUCACGGAUGCCAAAAAGCACAAAGAAGCAUGCUGUUGGGAUCUACUUUAACGAUGACACCUCUAAAACUUUUGCUUGUGAGUCAGAACUUGAGGCAGAUGAGUGGUGCAAGGUAUUGCAGAUGGAGUGUCUUGGGACAAGGAUUAAUGACAUUAGCCUUGGAGAGCCUGACUUGUUGGCAUCAGGAGUGGAGAGGGAGCAGAAUGAGAGAUUCAAUGUGUAUUUGAUGCCAUCCCCUAACUUAGAUGUGCAUGGGGAAUGUACCUUGCAGAUAACAUUUGAGAAUAUCUGUCUUUGGGACAUCCAGAAUCCCAGAGUUAAACUCGUCUCUUGGCCAUUAAGUGCCCUCCGACGCUACGGACGGGACCCUUCUUGGUUCACCUUUGAAGCAGGGAGGAUGUGCGACACAGGAGAAGGACUGUUCAUCUUUCAGACACGAGAUGGGGAAGCAAUCUAUCAGAAGGUUCACUCAGCUGCUCUGGCCAUAGCAGAACAACACGAGCGCCUGCUGCAGAGCGUGAAAAAUUCAAUGCUACUUGAGUUAGACCUCCCUGCAGAGGCAGCAGUGCUGGCGCAGGAGCAGGGCAGCACGAAGCUUCAGAUGAAGAUGAGCGAGCGAGCCGUGUCCCUCAGCACCAUGGUGCCCCUGCCCCGCAGUGCCUACUGGCAGCACAUCACACGGCAGCACAGUACCGGCCAGCUCUACGGCCUGCAAGUAACAGCUCGUCGUUUUGUCCCGUUCCUUUUUUCGAACGCUAGAGGGGGCAUGCAGCGCGUGGAAAGCCCCAGCGAAGCCUCUGCCGUGUUUCGGACGGAGGGAAGAAUAACGCAAUAGAAGCAGCACGCGAACGCCUGUUGGCGCUGGUUCGUACCGGGAUGCGGGCAGGCGAUGCUGUGAUACACGGGAGCGGCUUGAGCCCUUCAGGCACUGCUAUGGCUGUGCAUUGGUGUAUUUUUAGUUAUUAGUGCAGUCAUUCAGCACUGUGUUGACUCAGCGUAAAUAGGCCGUAUGGGGACAGACCACUCGUUUUGAAUUUAGAACAGCUUGUUAAACUGGAAAGGGGAUCCUUGGAGGUUGUGGUCAUGAGAAAGCAGUAGAAGUCUUUGAAAAGUCCUGGUCUUUGAGAAGGAAAAAAUAAAGCCGUGCAGGCAGUGUUGUAAUCAGGAUAGAUAGUGAAGUCGUCUCUUUCGGCUGUUGGGGACUGUCCCAGUGCCACCCUGAGCAUCUCCAGUUAAAGCACAUUGCCCAAAGCUUCAAAUGCUUCAAUUCAUAUUGAAAAUCUGAGUGGAGCUGUUUCUGAGAUGAAGCAGCAGGUUAAUUAUACCUAUCCCUACUUUAAGGACGUAAGCUGUAGUUUACAUAGUGAUCUACAGGGCGCUGAGUACAGUUGCUGUGCCUCACUGAGCGCUGUUCUGUUUUUCAUCCCGGCACA